AUGCGCAAUCUGCCUCUCCUCGUACAUUCGUUUCUUGGAAACCCUCUUGUUCUUCACCCCGCCACGUACGCUCCCAUGAUGAUCCUGUCGACCCGAAUCUCUCCAUACGCCGGUCCGUAUCUCGCCAUACCUCUCCUCCGUCCUCCGACCUUUCUUCUCUUUCAUGUCCGUUGGAAUCCCAUCUCAACGCUCACCUCCUCUCUACUGAUCAACCCCACUUACUCACUCAACGUUCUUCAUGCUCCGCUCUAUCCCCUCAUACAUCGACUCUACAGAUGCGGUCACAUCAUGUGCGGCUCCUGCCUCUACGGCGCACUAACAGCCCGCGGAGCACCCGCCCAAAAACUCUGCCCCGUCUGCCGAACUCCCAUCCCCGACGUCCAAUUCAUUCGUGCCCAAACUGAGAACCCCGCCCCCGCUACCCCUCCCCCUCCUCGUCCAGCCGCUCCUCAACCACGCACGACGCGUAAUGGAAUUAGACUUCCGACCGCCGGGAGGGACAUGGUCCUUUCCCAGACUCCGGAUAUCAGAGAGCAAGAACCGGAGGUGAUUGAUGUCGACGUUGAUAUGGAUGAACCGGCGAGAGUCGAGCCGAGGUGGGAUCCUGCGCGAUCGGGUGUGGUUGGGUUGGAGAUUUUGACUUUGGGAGUGGAUGAGGUUGUAUAG